CAAUCCUCACCCAAAUCUCUCACACACAAUCUUCUCCAUAUAUCACACAGUCUCUCAGUCUCUAUCUCUGUCUGUAUCUCCGGCCACCGCGCCACCAAUCACCGACGCAUCACCAACCGUUUCUCCUUCAAUUUCAGCUCAGUUGUUCCUCGAACGAUUUAGCUCAUAUUCUGAGAUUUAUGUAUUUGAAAUCAUGAUUUGGUGGCGGCAUUGGAUGGUGAAGUUGUAUCGAAUAACGAUAUAAGUGUUAAAACAAUAUAGAUUGUUAUGAUGAUUAGAUCGAAGAUCAAAUGGUUUGCCCUUGGGGGUCUGGUUCUGUCUUUUUUGUCUUUGUUGGUGCACAUGUUUGUUGCAAAUAGGAGUGGGGAGUUAGUACAGUAUACUGUGAUGACGCAGUUUAUCGAGGAUAUGAAUGUUGGUGUUGUCGGGCAACAGACUGUUAGAUCAAAAAAGUUGUGGAAAAAGGUUAAGCCUUUAGAGGUUUUGCAGCCUUAUGCAAACCCCAGAAGUAAAUAUCCUGCUCCAGUUGAACAAAGUACUGGUUUCAUAUAUGCCAAAAUUUUUGGUGAAUUUGAAAAGAUCAGAUCUUCGAUUUGUGAUCUUGUUGCCAUAUCCAGGCUUCUAAAUGCUACUCUGGUUAUCCCAGAGAUUCAACAAAGUACAAGUUCUAAAGGGAUCAGCUCGGAGUUUAAGAGCUUUUCUUACAUCUACAAUGAAGAACAAUUCAUAACCUCUCUUAAGAAUGAUGUAAUAAUUGUGAAAAGUCUGCCCCCUAAGCUGAAGGAAGCCAGGAAACGCAAAGAGUUUCCUUCUUUUAAGCCUAAGCAGUCUGCCUCUCCUGAUUAUUACAUAAGAGAAAUCUUGCCAGAGUUAAAGAAGGCCAAGGUUAUUGGAUUAGUGAUUAUGGAUGGAGGCUGUCUACAGCCCAUCCUCCCCUCCAAGUUGGUUGAAUAUCAAAGGCUCAGAUGUCGGGUAGCAUUUCACGCACUUCAUUUCCGUUCUGAGAUUCAAGAACUUGCCCACCUAAUGGUGGAAAGGUUGAGAGCUUCAGGACAACCAUAUCUUGCAUAUCAUCCUGGUCUAGUAAGAGAUAGCUUGGCUCACCAGGGUUGUGCUGAGCUUUUCCAGGAUAUUCAUACUGAACUUAUACAAUACCGGCGUUCACAAAUGAUCAAGCAGAAAAUCAUUCAUGAUGAGUUAGCUGUUGACUCAUUUAUGCGGAAAGGAAAUGGUUCAUGUCCACUGAUGCCUGAAGAGGUGGGGAUUCUCUUCCGAGCUAUGGGUUAUCCAACAACAACGAGAAUCUACCUGGCAGGUUCUGAAACAUUUGGUGGUCAACGAGUCAUGAUCCCUCUUCGAGCCAUGUACCCUAACUUAGUGGAUCGUUCUAAUCUAUGCAAUAAAUAUGAACUAUACAAGCUUUUAGGCAAUGAGGACCCACUAUCCUCAAACUCUUUCGGCCCUAACCCUACUAAAACUUUCAAGAAAGAGAAGAAUGAAUGGGAUCAGGCUGGCCCACGUCCUCGACCUCUUCCUCCACCUCCAGAUCGCCCAAUCUAUAAACAUGAAAAAGAAGGAUGGUAUGGUUGGGUUGCCGAAAAAGAUUCUGAGCCCGAACCGUUGCCAAGUGAUUUAAGGGACAAAGCUCACAGGCUGCUAUGGGAUGCCCUUGACUAUGUUGUAUCAGUUGAAGCAGAUGCUUUCUUUCCUGGGUUUAAUAAUGAUGGUAGUGGGUUGCCAGAUUUUUCAAAUUUGGUCAUGGGUCAUCGGCUCUAUGAGAUGGCAUCUGCCAUAACUUAUCGACCUGGCAGGAAAUAUCUUGCUAAUUUGUUUAACAGUACCCAAGAUAAUCUUUAUUAUCCUAAACGAAGCUGGAUUUUGGCAGCACGUAAACAUCUGAACAAUAGUUUGGGGGAUGAAGGAUUACAGAGACAACUAAUUCAAUCAAAACCAAUGUCAUUUCUCUCCCACCCAAUCCCGGAAUGUUCUUGUACUAUUUCUAAAACUGGUGGCAAGAACUUGUGUCCUAAAUGGAUUGAAGACAGCUUUACCAAAUCAAAACUGCAAGAGACUUCAGUACUUGGUGAGAAUGAACCUGAUGAUGAUGAAGUAGAUGCAGAAGAGACAGAUUUAGAAGAAGAAAACCAGAAAAAUGUUUCACCUUCCUUGGAAGAAGAUGUUGAAAUGGAUCCUGAUGAUUAGAUAUUUGAAAAGCUUUAUACAGGUUUUUACCACGUCACCCAGAUUCUUUUAUCGACCAUUACAUAAUAUUCGUUUGGCAGUGGUUCAUUUUUGGUCAGGCCAUUGUGGCCUUGCGGUUGCACAGAGAGAUACGAGUAAAGAAAGUAAGAAACACAGAUAUGUUGAUAGCUUUACACCUUUUUUCAUUUGGUUUACAAUACGGUCCAAACCUUUUGUUGUUCUGUACUGUACCAGUUCCGUGUUUAUGAAAUACCUGGAUCAUGAAACAAUGUAAAAUUUACUAGUUACACAAAUAUACACUUGAUACUGGAUUAUAUAAA